CGCGGGGACAUCUCCACCCCUGUCUCCGUUUCCUUGGAAACGUGGAUUCAGCGUUCUACUCUCCGUCGCUGCCCUCUUGACGUCAUGAUCCGGAUGGGAGGGCGGGGCAAAUGCUACCGCCAGGGGCGGGGCGGCGCGAGCCGGCCGGCCGGGCUGUGCACCUGCAUCCUGGCGGGUAGCCUGGGACACCGUCCCCGGCCCGCCCGGCCCAGCCAUGGCCAGGCAACAGAGAACUCCGGCGCGCAGUCCUGACAGCAUCGUCGAGGUGAAGAGCAAAUUUGACGCCGAGUUCCGACGCUUCGCGUUGCCCCGCGCUUCGGUGAGUGGCUUCCAAGAGUUCUCGCGGUUGCUGCGUGCCGUGCACCAGAUCCCGGGCCUGGAUGUGCUGCUUGGCUAUACAGAUGCCCACGGAGACCUACUGCCCCUCACUAACGAUGACAGCCUGCAUCGGGCCCUGGCCAGUGGGCCCCCGCCACUACGCCUGCUAGUGCAGAAGCGGGCAGAAGCUGACUCCAGCGGCCUGGCCUUUGCCUCCAACUCUCUGCAGCGACGCAAGAAAGGGCUUCUACUUCGGCCAGUGGCACCCCUGCGUACCCGGCCACCCCUGCUAAUCAGCCUGCCCCAAGAUUUCCGCCAGGUUUCUUCAGUCAUAGAUGUGGACCUACUGCCUGAGACCCACCGAAGGGUACGGUUGCACAAGCAUGGUUCUGACCGCCCCCUGGGUUUCUACAUCCGAGAUGGCAUGAGCGUGCGUGUAGCUCCUCAGGGCCUGGAACGUGUUCCAGGCAUCUUCAUCUCCCGCCUGGUACGAGGGGGCCUGGCUGAGAGUACAGGGUUGCUAGCAGUCAGUGAUGAGAUCCUCGAGGUCAAUGGCAUUGAGGUGGCUGGGAAGACCUUGGACCAAGUGACAGACAUGAUGGUUGCCAACAGCCACAACCUCAUUGUCACUGUUAAGCCAGCCAAUCAGCGCAAUAAUGUGGUACGUGGGGCAUCUGGGCGUCUGACAGGGCCUCCCUCUGCUGGGCCUGGACCUGUUGAGCCUGAUAGUGAUGAUGACAGCAGUGAUCUGGUCAUGGAGAACCGCCAGCCUCCCUGUUCCAAUGGGCUGUCUCAGGGGCAUCCAUGCUGGGACCUGCACCCAGGCCACCUACUCCCUGGUGCCCGUAGCUCUCUGCCUUCCCUGGAUGAUCAGGAGCAGGCCAGCUCUGGCUGGGGGAGUAGCAUGAGAGGAGAUGGUAGUGGCUUCAGCCUCUGACAGACAAGGAUGAGAAUGCAGCCCCUUGCCACUCAAGGCUGCUGGGACAUGGCAGGGACUUCCCAGUGGAGGUUUUUAACUUGGUCACAGGGCCCUGGCGGUCUGGGGAACAUUAAAGGUUUUCUACAAAUGCA